UUCUUCUUCCUGGGGUAUUUUGGUAUUUGGAGAAUUUCUUGUGUUUAGGCCAGAGGAGUGAGGAGGGUUUUAUUUUCUUUUUUUCCCUAAUUUCAGAUUUGGGGGGAAAAUCUUUGGAGAUGGAGCUCUUCUCAUGGCGGCCUGGCGAUUCAAAUUCCUCCGACGGUGUGGAUUCUCUCUAAACAGGUUUUGAUGGCACCAUUGGCACUGCUUGGUUUCAUCUACUGAUAUCACUGCUGGUACCCUCUUCUAAGUUGAGCUCUAGUUGAUUGUAAGUGGUGCAUUUUUGGGAGGCAGUACUAUUGUAAGCUCUAGAGCCAGAAAGAGGUUAAAGAAUGGAAUGCAAUAAAGAUGAGGCCCUUAGGGCAAAAGAGAUCGCUGAAAAGAAGUUCCUAGAAAAGGACGUAGCAGGUGCGAAAAAAUUUGCCUUGAAGGCGCAGAAUCUCUUUCCAUCACUUGAGGGCAUCAGCCAGUUGAUCGCAACACUAGAUGUCUAUCUUGCUUCAGAAGUGAAAGUUCCUGGUGAAAAGGAUUGGUAUGCGAUUAUGUGUGUCAAUGCUUUAGCCGAUGAUGAGACACUGAAGAAACAAUACAGGAAGUUAGCUCUCCAGCUUCACCCUGAUAAGAACAAAUCUGUUGGUGCUGAAGGUGCCUUCCAGCUUAUUUCCGAGGCAUGGAAUGUACUAUCUGAUAAGACUAAGAGAUUAUUGUAUGACCAGAAGAGAAAUGUAAAAGGAUUCCAGCAGAAGACUUCUCUGGGUAAUAAAGAUAGCAAUGGCUUUUACAAUUUUGCUAACAGUGCUACAUCCAUGGCAAGAGCUCAGAAGGGCACCUCUGGUCCAGCACCGACUGCUAAUCCGCCUCCUCCUCGGCCAACAAAGCCCAAUACCUUCUGGACUUCAUGCAACCGUUGUAAGAUGCAGUAUGAGUACCUCAGAGUAUACCUUAAUCACAAUCUCCUCUGUCCUAACUGCCGUGAGCCUUUCUUAGCUUCAGAAACUGGGUUUCCAACCAAUGGACCAAACUCUUCCACUUCUUGGUCGGCUUCGCAGCAGCGUCAGCAGAAUUCCAAACAUAAUUCUACAAGAAAAAAUGUUUAUGGUCCUGGGAAAAGUACCUCCACCCCAGGAAUGGGAGCCAGUGGUUUCCAGCAUGGAGUUGGAGUUCAUCUUGAUUCAUACAAUAACGUAAACUUCCAGUGGGGCCCAUUCUCUAGAACAGCGGGGGCUGCAAGUGCGACUGCAUCAUCAGCUGCUGCUGCACAGGCUGCAAACGUGGUCCAUCAGACAUAUGAGAAAGUAAGAAGAGAACGUGAAGAGGCACAAGCAGCUGCUAGAAAGGAAGAGGCUCUUCGCAGGAAGCACUAUGCCUCCAAGAGGAAUGCUAGUGGGUCUGGAAAUCUUUAUACAGGGUCAAAUGACAGUGUGCCUACAAGGAAACGAAGAGGGAUUGGUGAGGAUGCUGGGAAUGAUAAUGGAGGGGCCCAGACAGGACGAGUGGGUGCUUCUGAAAUGGAAAGGGUUGAUGGAGGCACUGGAGAUUUUUUCAAAUCCAGAACUAAUUCCAGGCAGUUCAACUUAGCGAGGGAGUUUUCCCAACUCGAUAUUCGGAAUAUAUUGAUUGAGAAAACCAAGGUUACAAUCCGUAAAAAGUUAGAAGAGUGGAAUUCUGCUGCAGCAGCAAAAAAGGAAGAAAAAGAAAAAGCAAAGAAGAAACAAAAACUAAACGAAAAUGAUGAAGAAAAGAUUAAGGAUGUCGUUUAUGGUAAUGCCAAUCAAGAUGUCUUGGUUGACUUUGGGAGCAAGGGUAAACCAGCUACUGGCAAGAAGGAUUCCUCGAAUGACUUAAAUGCUGAUUCAGGCAAGGGGGUUGGUGAAUCAGUAACAAUUCAUGUUCCUGAUCCAGAUUUUCAUGAUUUUGAUAAAGAUCGAACAGAAAAAUCUAUUGAAGGUGACCAGAUAUGGGCAACCUAUGAUGAUGACGAUGGAAUGCCCCGCUUUUACGUGAUGGUUCAGAAAGUCACCUCUUUGAAGCCUUUUCAAACCCGCCUGAGCUUUCUAACUUCAAGGGCCAAUAGAGAAUUUGGGCCGCUUAAUUGGGUUGAUUCAGGUUUUACCAAAUCUUGUGGGGAUUUUAGGGUAGGAAGGUAUGAAACCAAUGAUACAAUCAAUAUUUUCUCACAUAGAGUUAAAUUUGAGAAAGGCCCACGUGGCUUGAUUAAGAUUCUUCCAAGGAAAGGGGAGAUCUGGGCCCUCUACAGAAACUGGUCUGCUGAUUGGGAUGAGAACACUCCUGAUGGAGUCAUCCACCAAUACGACAUGGUAGAGGUACUUGAUGACUACAAUGAGGAACAAGGUGUAUCUGUCAUCCCUUUGGUCAAAGUUGCUGGAUUUAAAACAGUAUUCUGUCGGCACGUGGACCCAAGAGAAGCAAAGAGGGUCCCUAGAGAAGAAAUGUUUCGUUUCUCACAUCAGGUACCUUCAUAUGUGCUGACAGGUGAGGAAGGUCAAAAUGCACCAAAGGGUUGUCAUGAGCUUGACCCAGCAGCAACUCCUUUGGAACUUCUUCAGGUAAUUACAGAAACUCAAGAAGAUAAGGUUAUGUAAUCUGUGGAAAAACCAGUCAGUUAAUACUGGAUUAUCUAGGUCCAUUUAUUGACCUUCUAGCAUCAAUUCAUACUGCAAGCAUUCCUACAUUCAUUGGUUUUUCAGAGCUGUAUAGCUUCUUCGACUUUUUUUGGCUGGUUACUGGGAAUAUGUGCCAGGAUGAGCUGUCUAUGUGCAGUCACCUGUGACAGUUUUCAAUAGGUGUCUCUAACCCCAAAUUUUCUCUAUGAUACAAAGAUAGCUUAGGUUUGCAUAGUUCAUAGAAUCCAUAUGGUGGAAUUAAACACUGAUGGCAGAGCUUGUGAUGGUGUUUCUUCUGGUGAUGGAGCUUUUUAUGAUUGCUGAAGCUGCUAUAGAUGGAAGGAAAAUUCCAGGGAAUGCCUGUUGGCCUGUGCUGUUUUCUGCCUUGUGGGGAGUUGAUAGUACAAGCUAAGAGCUCUGACAAUGGUGUUCUAUCUGAAUGUCUGGAGAUUAAAAUCAUAGGGCCUGUAGCUGGAUUAUAUAUUUACAGUUUUCUAUAUUUCUAGUUUACCUUUUAAUUCUAUAUGAACUUUUAAUAUAGCAGAAUGUUGGACCUUGUCAUCUUGGUCAAUGGUCGGUAUAAUACUAGUGGGCUCAGUCCCUCCUGUCUGUAAGCAUGCAGAAAAUGGCAGUGGUUGAGACUCUUAAGUCUUCUUGUAAGUCAUAACUUGAAAAACUAUGCAAGUUUCAUUAGGAUGUUGUUAUACAAAUUUUAUCAUGAUCAUGAAGUGCAUGUUAUACA